UACUAAUCCAUGUAAUACCUGAACAUAUUUUGCAAGACAGAAAAGAAAAACAAGUGGUGAUUGAAGAGAAUGUUUAUGAUUUUUUCCCCUACAUUUACAAAAAGCUGUGAGGAUAUAUAUCUUGAAGUGAUGGUUUAUGGCUGUCUUCUAGGGAAGCAACAUCUGCCUUCAGUUCACACACUGAAACAGAUCCUACUCCAAUAAAACAUUAUAAAGGAUCAUGGAUGAUUAGCCCCACAUUUUGAUACUGACCUAAGUGGAAGCGCACCAGCUGGCCGUGUCUAUCACUGCAGUCAAGUCGAAGAAUUCCUGAUUAUACUUAGAACCUACAGAGUCAGUGGCGGAGAAGAAACUUUGCAAUGAUCCAUGCUUUGAAAUGAAACAGCAAAGGAAUAUGCCUGUUUUGGAUUAAAGACUCCCCUCUGGAGUAAUCAUGAAAAAUUCGCUCAACAUUCCACUUGUACAUAUCUUCACCCUGGCAGCCUUCGGCUUGGCUGAGAAACUCCCCAAAGCACCCAGUAUCACUACUGCUCUAGAAACAGUAGAUGCUCUGGUUGAGGAGUUAGCCACUUUUGUGUGUGUGGUAGAGGCUUAUCCCCAGGCAGAAGUUACCUGGACUCGUAAUAACAUUCCUAUCAGGCCCUUUGACAUGCGAUAUAGCAUACGUGAAAAUGGGCAGCUUCUUACCAUUUUGAGUGUGGAGGACAACGAUGAUGGGGUGUACUGCUGCAUUGCAAACAAUGGAGUAGGGGUACCAGCUGAAAGCUGUGGGGCACUGCAGGUGAAAAUGAGACCCAGAAUAAUUCGUCCACCUUCCAAUGUAAAGAUAAUCGAAGGCUUAAAGGCAGUUUUCCCAUGUACUACUAUGGGGAAUCCCAAGCCUUCUGUGUCAUGGAUUAAAGGAGAAAAUGUUAUAAAGGAAAAUGCUCGGAUUGCCAUUCUUGAAUCAGGCAGUUUACGAAUUCAUAAUGUUCAAAGGGAAGAUGCUGGUCACUAUCGAUGUGUGGCAAAGAACAGCCUUGGAACAGCCUAUUCAAAACCUGCAGUUCUGGAAGUGGAAGUUUUUGCCCGAAUUUUGAAAGCUCCUGAAUCUUAUAAUGUCAGCUUUGGCUCUGUGGUAACACUGCGGUGUGCAGCGGCAGGCAUUCCAACUCCUACCGUAACCUGGCUUGAAAAUGGAAAAGCUGUCUCAGUGGGCUCCAUAGUGGAAACAGUAAAUGACAGAAUGAUUGAUUCUAGGCUGCAAGUUUAUGUCACUCGACCUGGCCUGUUCACCUGUGUAGCCACCAACAAGCACAGUGAGACAUACAGCACUGCAAAAGCUGCGGCCACUAUCAAUGUAUCAGAGUGGAGACUCUUCAAGGGCGACACAGGCUACUGCAGCACCUACCGAGGAGAGGCAUGCAGUGCUCAUUACAACAACGGAGAUUUGCCCAGUUGUUUUCUUCAAGCGCCCUACCCCUCACGGGGGGGGGACCCAGAAGGAACCAAGAGCUGUAAUUGCUUAAGCACAGCAUGGACUGAAUUGAAAACAAUGAGUCCUUUCUGCCGCCCUGCUGCUGAGUUGCUCUUGUGUCACUACAUCUUCCAGGAGUGCAAUCCUUCCAGGAUUGGACCUGCUCCAAAACCUGUUUGCAGAGAGCAUUGCCUUGCUGUAAAGGAUCUCUACUGCUUUAAGGAAUGGCUUUUGAUGGAAGAAAAUGCCCGCAAGGGGAUCUACAAACCAGGACUGAUGCUGCUUACCCUGCCAGAGUGCAACAGACUUCCCAGCGUGCACCAGGACCCCAAGGCCUGCACGAAGAUCCCACAUUUUAACCUCAAAAAGGAAGAUAUAACCAGUAAGUAGCCACAUCUUGUAUUUGUAUCACAUUUUCUAUGUUGAGAUGGAGACUGAAACUCAAACCUUGUGCAUGAGAUCCUUGGGUUUAAUUUUUAAUAGUGGCAUU